CUCGAGCGGGACGCCACCACCCGUACGGACCACCCGUACGGAGAGGACAGCUUGGCGGCGUGCCACCCGGUCGAGGACGUGUCCGUGCUGAAGCUCGCCCUACGUUGGGCGCGCAACGUAGGAUGAAGCUUCGACCCCGGUGGCUGCUCGGUUCUGCCCUGGCCCUCGCCCUGGCGCUCUGGGCCGCAGGUCUGCUCGACGUGGCCCCACCGUCUCCCGGGAACUGCACCUGCAUCACGCCGGAGCCGGUCUACCCGUUCGGCCCGAGCAGCGCUUCAGUUCCGGACUGCUGCUGCGCGUUCGGCGACCUCGAGCGCUCCAACGCGGAGAGCGUGCACCCACUGCUCCAGCGGGUGGUCGCGACGCCCUUCUUCUCGCACUACGCCAUUUCGCUCUGCUCAGAGUGUGAGCUCUGGCAGGACGACCCGCUCUGCGUGCUGCGCAACUGCUCCGUCUGCCCGUGCGGAGAGGAGGGCGGUGGGCCAGAGCCAGACUGGGCCGUCACCGGCGCCGACGCGCCGUGGAGGGUGACCGGCAGCGCGGCGUGCAGUCAGCAAGAGGACACGCCACUCGACAUCUCGGUGGCGGCUGAGGUGCGGGUUGGCCUGGGCGCGGCGGAGCAGGGCGCGGCGGUGGUGCCCGAGACCGGCGCCGUCGUCGUCAACCUCGCUCUCAAUCCCGAGAGGCAUACGGGCUACGGCGGCGCCUCUGCCGCGAGAGUGUGGAGCGCCAUCCACGGCGAGAAUUGCUUCUCCCCGGCCGGCAGAAGCGGCGGCGGCGGCGGCAGCAACGGCGGCGGCAGCAGCAACGGCGGCAGCAGCGGCGGCGGCGGCGGCGACGGCGGCGGCAGCGGCGGCGGCGGCAGCAGCGGCGGCGGCGGCGACGGCGGCGGCAGCGGCGGCGGCGGCAGCGGCGGCGGCGGCGACGACGAGCUCUGUCUGCUCCCGUCUGAGCAGCGGGUGUACAACCGCGUGCUGUCCGGACUGCACUCCUCCAUCUCGCUGCACAUCGCGCGCACGUACUGCCUGCAGCCAGAGACCGGCGGCGAGUGCCUGCGGUGGGGCGUCAACCGCUCCCUCGCGCAUAGCCGUGUGCUCGCGCACAAGGAGCGGCUCGACAACCUCGGUACGGCGCGCGUGUUUCUUCUUUCACCCGAUGUGUUUCGCUCUCAGGAGCGGCUCGACAACCUCUACGUCGCCUUCGCAGUGAUGCUCCGAGCCGUCGUCAAGGCUGGGGACGCGAUCACGGCUGCGGCGUGCCCCACCAGCUUUGACGAGACGUCGCUGCUCGAGGGCGACGGGGAGGGCCUGCGGCGCGAGAUGCUGCAGGCGCGCUCUUCGAGCACCUCGGCCGCGUCGCGCGGUGCGUGCGCCAGUGAUGACCGGCGCGUGGUUGGCUCGGACUCAGGCGCGGCGCGCGGGUUCGCGACAGCGGUGCGCGUGCUGCUCGCCGACGCCGACGGGCCUGCGCCGGCUCUGACGCGGCAGGAGGCGGUGGCGCUCGUGGUGACGCUCGAGCGGCUCUCUGCGUCGCUCGCGUUUGUGCGGGAGCUCCUCUGAGUACUGAGAGGGCCACGGUGGGGUGGAGGGAGAAGCGAGGCGACGGCCGGUGAGCGGUGUCGGGGUACGUGCGGGUGAGCGUACCGUGUGGGUACCCAGGGAGAGACGUCAGUGAUCUUCAGAGUGCGCCCUGUGUCUUAUGAGAGCGAAGGGGAACACACACACGUACACGUGCGCGAGAUGUGUGGUCGACUGUGAAGACUUGUGCAGAGACUGUCGGAAGUGACAGCGCGCGUGUAAGGUAAGGUAAGGUAAACUUC